GGAAGAAGAGUGACGCCACAGCCUUUAGGGAAGACGACAUUUUACGUGAAUCGCGCGUCCACGGCAUGUGUGAGGAAUUCCGUGCUAAAUACUUAAAUUUUAUCAUAGAAGUUUCAGCUGCUAAAAUCUUACAAAAGAAAAAUCACGUUUUUUAAUAAGCUCUAGUAUGAGUUCCCGUGGCCGUGGAUUCAGUUCUAGGGGAGGCAGUUCUUAUAGGGGUAGAGGAGGUAGUAGUGGAAAUGAAUGGAAUAGUGGAUCUACAGGAGGAAAUAUGUCUAGCAGAGGAGGUUAUUCCUCGUCUAGAGGAGGCAGAUUUAAAUAUUCAACCACCAGUUAUGAUUCUCGUUCAAAAUAUAAUUCUGAAGGGCAGGAAAAGAGAAAGAUACAAUGGGAAGGAGCACAAUUGAAUUUGAUUUGGCAGGGUGGAGGUAGCGGUAGCGGCUCUCAGAGGUAUUCUUCGUCGUAUGGUGGUUCAUCUACAUCUGCUCCUUAUGACGAUAAUAAGGGAUCAUCGUCUUCGGCCGUGUAUGAGGACAAGAGACAGAGCGAACGUGCUUCGUCAUACCAUCGCUCAGAGGACCGUCAUUCAGCAUCACGGAGCUAUGCACCUCCACCACCCCCUCGAAUUAGUGAAAUGGCACCUCCAACUCAGAGAUAUAAUUCGAGCCGAGGGCGAAUAUCGCAUCAAAGCUCAAACUACAGAGGUCGCAUUUCAACUCGCGGUAGCGGAAGAGGGGGUGGAUUCCAUCGUAUGAGCUCUCGAUCGGACGUCAUCAUGGCUCGCAAGCGUACUCUACACUCGCUCGACUAUCGACGCAAGCUGCUAGGAUCGCGAUCGCGAGACUACAUCCAGCGUGUGCGCAUGACAACAACCAAAUUGCGCAGGAGCGGUACUACUAGGCUAUCCGGAAGUAAAAAGGAGUCAGGAUCAGGAACGAGCAUGAAGGACAAGGAUAGAGAGAUGACCAAAGCUAUUAACGCUGAAUUUUCCGAUGACGAUGAAGAAGAUGAUGAUAACAAAAGUAAUUGGGAUGAUGAUGAUAAGCCACAUGAACGCGAUGAUGAAGAAGAAGAGGAAGAGGAAGAGAAAAAGAAAAAAGAUGAAAAAAGAAAGAAAGAAAAACAAGAUCGGGAAAGACAAAAUACCGAAGAUGAAGAAGAGAAAGAGGAUGAAGUGAAAGACGAAGAUGAUCGGAAACAUGAGGAUGAUGAAGACGAUGGGGAUGAUGAAGAAAGAGAUGAAAAUGAUAAAACAGAUCAUGGAAGAACUGUUGGUUCAGAAGAAUUACCUAGUAGAAGAGAUGGAAAGAAAUUUAUUAAAUUAACUUGUCCACAUUGCGCUCAUCGUAGUGUUACUUUCAAGGAAUAUUCGCUACAUUUGUAUUCCGGCCGUCAUAGUGCAGCAAUGAGACGUAUCGCAUCACGGCAUAAAGCAACUCUGACUCGUAUGCGUGUUUUACAACGACAAGAACAACGACGUGUCGAGGCGAGAGAUGCUGCUCGUGGUACUCUGCCUUCUCGUACCAUGUUCUGUCCGAUCUGUAAACUUAAUUAUCGUUCUCUUAAAGCAAUACAUCAGCUAUCAGAUUCCCAUCGUCAAAUGAAGCGAUUCCUUACGCCAUUUUGCCGUACUUGUCGCAUCCAAUUUCGAUCACCAAUGCUUUUUGAAACUCAUAUGUGUUCUUUGGAUCACAUCAAGAGGAAAAAUGCAUUGAAAGAGAGAAUGAACGCCGGCAAUGGUGAAGCAGAAGCGGAUUCGAGUGGACCUGAAGAGGAUGAUAAGGAAGUUAAUCUCGAUAAUUUUAUGACUCUCGAUUCUGUAGGUGAUGUUGAUGCAGAAGAUGAAGAGUCUCCCGAGAAAAAAAAAGAAAAACCAGAAAGUGAAGGCACAAACGACACAGAAAAAAAGCCUAAAAGCAAACAAAUGAUUAAAGUUGGGGCAGAAUACAUAAAACGUGUUGAAGUACAGUUUUGUGAAUUGUGUAAGAUAUAUCUACCACGUAGUGAAAAUAGUGAAAGAGCAAUAGCACUUCAUUGUUCAACCAGAAGUCAUCUUAAACGAUAUGUGCGUGAUAAUGAUGAUAAAGCAUUGCGAAGGCAAGCAGAAAGAAUACAUCUGCAAUCAUCGUCAUCCACUAAUAAUACUUCUACUGCAAAUACUGUAAAUACAGAAAAUGCUAAAUCUCCAACUAAUUCUGAACCACCAUCUACAAAUAACACUUUGCCAGUAACCACAACUGAUGGCACUAAUACUACUGAAUUGGUUAAAGCAAUUGAGCAAAAAGGGACUAUUGAAUCAGAGAAAAAUAUGAAAGAUAAUAAAAAUGGACCAGCGGAAGAAGAAGACGAUGAUGAUUAUCCUGGCGAUAGUGGUGAUAAAUUGUGGGAUGAUGUUGAUAAAGACUUGGGCGAUAUUUUAAGAGAAACAGAAGCAGGAGGUAAAUCUAGCGAUGAUGAAGAUUCUCGUUAUGAUCGUUUUCGUAAUUCAGAUAAGAAACAACAACAUUCUGGCAAAGACAAAGAAAGAGAUAGCGAAAAGAAUGAGAUAGAUGAGAAGGAAAACGUAAAAAAACAAGAGCUGAAAGUAAAAAUUGAAAAAAUAGAUAUGUAAAGUCCAAGAAUUAUUAGUACGUUUCAAUCAUAUCCUAAUGUGAUUUUAAUUUUUUCUACAAAAAUGUGUAAAACUUUGUGAACUGUAGAACAUACAUACACACAUAUGUAUACACAUACACACGCAUACAUCGAGAUUUCAUUUUUUGCAAGGUUAAACAGUUAUUUUUAAUCAAAUUAACAAAAAUCUAUGUACAAUACUAUAUUUCGUUUUUUUUUAUAGGUUUGCUGUAAAAAUGUUG